GCCAUUAGCAUAAAUCGAGCCAUACUCCCCCUCCUUUUCAACCACGUCUUACCUUCUCUCACAUCUCUCCCGUGAACAACUUUCCGUAGAUCGGCCUUGCUAAGAUUCACAACAACAAUUAUACCUACCCGAUAUCUAUCUAUACCCGUGAUGUCUAACCAGGAGAUCAUCCUCUUCGAUUUACCAUCUAGGCCGCCGAACAAGGCAUGGUCGUUGAACCCAUGGAAGGCUCGCUUCGUCCUGAACUACAAGGGACUUCCCUACAAGACCGAAUGGGUCGAGUACCCGGACAUCAAGCCUAGGUUCAAGGACCAUCUUCCAGCAGAUCACAAGGAAUACACCAUUCCAGCCAUCAUCCUGCCUGGCGGAGAAUUUGUGAUAGAUUCGUGGAAGAUCGCGGACGUGCUCGAGGAGAAGUACCCCGAGCCCAGCAUCCACCUCGACUCGCCCUAUCUACCAAAAGUCAAGGAACUAGUCGCAGGCGCAAUCGGCAACAUCCGAGGCAUCUUCGUGCCCGGGGUGCACAAGAUCCUGAACGAGCCGAGCCAGGUCUACUUCCGCCGGACUCGCGAGGAGGCCGUGGGCAUGACCCUGGAGAAGCUGUCGGAGGAGAGGGGCGGCGAGAAGGCGUGGAAGGCCGCGCAGCCGUAUUUCGAAAAUGUCACCGCCCUGCUGAAGGAGAACACCGAAGGCCCGUUCUUCGACGGGAAGACGGUGGGAUUCGCUGAUUUCGUUUGGGGAGGAGCCCUGCUUUUCCUUCGCAGCAUAAGCGAAGAGGUGCUUCAGGAGGGUAUCAAGGUUGGAGGAGAUCCUGAGCCGCACCUAAAACUACUGGAGGCUUUGAAGCCGUGGUGGGAGAGAGACAACUAUUAAACGUACCAACUCUACGCCUAAGAUAGAAGC